AUGGCAAAAGAAAAGGGUAUAUUUCAUGGCAUUAAAUUACCCCGAGACGGUCUAGAUAUAUCACAUCUUCAAUAUGCAGACGAUAUGAUUUUUAUAGGUUCUUGCUCAAUCGAGAAUGCAAAGAACUUGAUUAAAAUCCUAAGAUGCUUCGAAUUAUCUUUAAGACUCAAGGUGAACAUGUCUAAAAGCAAGAUUUUUGGUUUUGGUUUUCAAAGCUGCGAUUUGAAUUUGGUGGCUCGAAGCUUCAAUUGUUUUGUCGGUUCACUUCCCUUUAUCUAUCUAGGACUUCAAGUGGGGGAAUCUAUGAUAAGAACUACACAUUGGAAUCCGAUUGGCAAAAAAUUUCAAGCGGAUUUAUCAAAGUGGAAAGCAAACCCUUUGUCGUUCAGUGGUCGACUAACGCUAUGCAUAUCCGUUUUAAGCAGUCUUGUUUCUUUCUACUUAUCCUUAUUUAAAGCUCUAGUUAAAGUUAUUAAGAGUAUUGAGAAAAUCAGAAUGAGAUUCUUUCGCGGGGGUGAUAUGGUUUCGAGGAAGAUGGUAUGGAUUGCUUGGGAAAAAGCGCUUGCAGCUAAAGACAAAGGAGGUCUUGGGAUUGGCAGUCUAAAGGUGCAAAACAUAGCUUUAAUGAGAAAGUGGUGA